UCAUUGUAUUUCAAUACUCUCUCUCUCUCUCUCUCUCUACAUGUGCUCCAAAUCUGUGUGCCUAUGUUGCCUAUUUUUGGCUGUGCUCUUUGCCUCUCCAUUUGUGAUAAUAACAACCCUAAGCUACGUGGGAGUGAAGCCAAGAUUCUACAUACAAGAAAUAUACAUUCCAUCCCUCAAUAAUUCCAACACACACAAUGCUACAAACCUCAAUACUUCCAUAAUCAUCGACCUCAAAUUCAAGAGAGUGGUGGCCUUCGUUCCCCUACGCUACGAAGAUGUGAACAUCACACUCUAUUAUGGCCCCAACAGAAGCUUCGGCGCCGUCGGCAGCUACGUCGUCGCCGGAUUCUCCCAGGGCACGAAGAAGACCACCCGCCGCAGAGCGGUGGUGGAGGCUCGUGGACUGCCGUGGGAGGAUGCCUUUGAGAUGAUUUCCGGCGGGUCGGCGGUGGAGCUGGCCACCAAAUAUAAGCUGCAGCAGUGCGAUGAUGGCAGUUGCUAUUAUGCAAAGGCAAAGACGGUGGUGGUUGCGGCUGAUUUGGUGGUGGAUGCCUCUGGUUUGGAGGUUUCUAAGAAGCCUAUAAGACUCCAUUAA